AUGUCUGCUUCCGGCGUUAACGUUCUCCGGUACUCGGCCCUGGCCUUUGGUGUUUUCUACGGUUUCAGCCACCAGAGGACGAUCAACUCUGCGACAAAGGCCGCCCACGAGAAGAAGGAGUACGACCACCAGAAGCAAUUAAUAGAGCAGGCCCGUGCCAAGUUCGCCGAGAAGAAGAACCCCAGCACUGAGAAGAGCCCCCUGGACCAAGAUCCCGAGGCGCCCAACUUCGACUUGGAGUCCUACCUCACGGCUCUUGAGAAGCAGAACCCGUAA